CAGGAUCUGAGUAAUCGUGUGUCUCUGCACUGAUUUAGCUUUCAAAAACAUGGACGAGUCAAAAAGAAGGAUUGUGGUCCUGGGAAAAACUGGAGCUGGAAAGAGCAGUAUUGCCAACACCCUGUGUGGAGAGCCUGUGUUUAAAGUAAAUCAUACCCCCAAUUCUGGAACAAGUGAAUGUCAGUCAGAGGACAUGAAUAUCGGUGGAAGAACCAUAUUAUUUAUUGACACUCCUGGAUUUUUUGACACAGAAAAAUCUGAGAAGAAGAUGAAGUCUGAAAUAGUGAGGUGUAUCACAGAAUGUGCUCCUGGUCCUCAUGUUUUUCUCAUUGUUCUUAAAGUGGAGAAAUACACAGAGCAAGAAAAGGGUGUGAUAGAAAAAAUGAACCAAUAUUUCUCAGAUGAAGCACUUAGAUUUACUAUAAUAAUCUUUACUCAUGGUGACCAGCUUCCUGAGGGAAUGAAGAUCGAAGAGUUUGUGAAUGAAAGUGAAGCUCUGGGCGAUCUGAUCAAGAAGUGUGGGAGCCGCUGCCACGUCAUUGAUAACAAAUACUGGAAGAACAACCACGGAGAUGAAUACAGGAACAACCAGUAUCAGGUGGCAGAAUUACUCAAAACCAUUGACAAGAUUAUUGAGGCAAACAAAGGAGGCUACUUCACCAAUGACAUGCUGCAACAAGUGAAGAGAGAUAUUCAACAAGAGGAAGGUCGCAUCAAACAGUCAUCUCCAAACAUUAAAGAAGAGGAAACUGCAACAAAGGCAAAACAUUAUGUGUUUAAAAAUCUGUUGUCAAAAGUUGCAGUAGUUACAACAGGGGAUCUGUUAGGUGCAUUCCUGGGUGGUACGAUACAAUUAGGGAAAGAAUACAGCACUGUAGGUUUAGUAGGACUAGGAGUAGGAGUAGCAUUGGGAAUAGCAGCUGCAGCAAAAGUAGCUAAAAACAAUGCACCAACAUCAUCUAGCACAGUUCCUGCUGCAUCUGCAGAGCCAGCAGCCAAAUAA